GGAGAGGAAGGCGAGAGCGAGAGAGAGAGAGAAAUGUGUGAGUGAAUCUCGCGCAUAUUGCUGGAAUCACCGGCAUCACACACCUCUGGACAUCUCUGGACUCUCCGCGGUCAAACCGUCAAUGUAGCUGUGUGUGUGAACUUUAAUUAAACUAUUCGAACACCCAUCGAUACGGACUGGGACACAAAGCUCGGGAAGCUCCGUGUGUUGGAAGCGGCUGCUCGCUGCAGACAUGGGUACUGUUCUGUCUCUGUCGCCGAGGUCAAGGAAGGCAGCGGGCGGUGUGUGUGUGGACGAGAAACCGGACCUUGCGACCGGCGGGAAACCACAGGAGAAGAGCCUAAAGAAGCGCCACUCGGUGCUGCUCCAUGCUUUGACGUGGAAGCGGCUGGUAGCCGCAUCGGCCAAGAAGAAGAAUGCCAAAAAGGUGAACCCCAAACCCGAGGCCAGCAAGGCCAAAUCCGACCCUGUGGACCAGCUCAACACCGACAACAUCAAGAAAUCACAACCGUCCAACGGAAUACUCGACCGAAAACCGACAGGGCCCAAACCCGGGCCAAUUCCUGUGCCUGUUCCUACAGUACCGGACCAACCCGGGGCAGACCAGAAUGGACGCUUAUUCAUCUCCCCUCGGAGGGUGGUGGUGCAGGCGUCCACCGGCGAGCUCCUGAGGUGUCCUCCUGACUUUCUCUGCCGCCGCUGCUUCAAGCUCAAAGAGCUCACGGCCAAUGAGGUCAUCCUGUGGUUCCGUAACGUGGACCGGGCUCUGUUAGUGCAGGGCUGGCAGGACCAGGGCUUCAUCACCCGGCUAACCUGGUCUUCGUCUACUUCUCUCUGCCGAGAGGCCGUGGAGGAAGACACGGUGUCUGAAUACGAGCUGCAGGCAACCUUCCUCACCUGCCUGUACCUGGCCUACUCCUACAUGGGCAACGAGAUCUCCUACCCGCUCAAGCCGUUCCUGGUGGAGUCCAGCAGGGAGGCCUUCUGGGAGCGGGCCCUUGGUCUCAUUGACCGGAUGAGCGGGCCAAUGCUGAGGAUAAACGCGAGACCGCACUACUUUACCGAGGUGUUCCAGGACCUGAAGAACGAGGGAGGGUCAAGGGAGAAGGAGAAGAAGGAGAAGGAGAAGGAGAAAGACGGGAAACGGAUAAGCGAGUUGGAUCGUUAAUAACUGAAUGAGGGAAGGAGAGAGAGAGAGAGAGAGAGAGAGAGAGAGAGAGAGAGAGAGAGAGAGAGAGAGAGAGAGAGAGAGAGAGAGAGAGAGAGAGAGAGAGAGAGAGAGAGAGAGAGAGAGAGAGAGAGAGAGAGAGAGAGAGAGAGAGAGAGGGGAAUUUGGUUUAGGAUACGGUCGCGGACACCAGCCACACACCCGACGGUUGUUUGAGCGGGGAUUGAAUGUAUACGCUUGGUGAACCGGACAAACGCACGACGGGGAUUUGAUCAGGAGCCUGAGUCUGGAAUCAGGAGGUAUCAGUCACACGCCUAGCUUCACCUCGCCCCGUUACCGAACUGUCGUGUCAUGUGUUCAGUCAAAGCUCGGGGAAUCUAACGGACACUACACGGGAUGUUGGGCGGAAAGGGAUAGCUAUAGUUAACUUUACUGCAUGCUGUAUAAAAAGUAUUCUGAUUGUACCGUUAUUGUGGCUUUUGAGAAAUGGAUAGGCUAUUAUACGGUGGACUAAAGUGAUAGCUUAUAGCGCGUCAGUGUUUUKGGGGAAAAUGUAUAUAUUCGUUUCAUGAGAGGGGGAACGACACYGUGCUCUCCAAGGUACUGGACUCAGUGGCGCGAGAGACGCUGCCUGCCCCCCACCCCCUCUGAACGUUGAAUGUACUAUUUUACCACUUCAAACCAACGGGAUUCUUUACCGUUAACAUGUGGCAACUGUUACUAUGGUAUUAUAAAACGUUCUGUUUUAUAUAUUGCACAUUCAAAAAUACAAGUAUAAAUYGUUACAAACGGUC